AUGGCCCGCGCUCGAGACCGGAAGACGUUGAACCUCCGGCCCCUCUUGCCCAAGACGCAGCACAGUGUAACCGGCCAAGCGGACGGCAUACACGUAUGGAAGGGCGAUUGCAUGCCCCCUCAGUCUCAGUCCCUGGGCUCCACGGCCUCCCAGAUCGAGGCCUCGAUCGUGCACAACGGACUGGGCGCGACCGAACUCCCCCGCCACCUUUACACAGACCCAAACGCCGGGACCCUCAGUGUUGUCUCGGAAAACCCCUUCAUCCUCUCGGGGAGCCUGCUUUGUCAAGAUCCCCAACCUCCCUCUUCGGCUCUCCCACGCGGGGAAGGCCCAGAGGGAAGCGUUGUGUGCAUCCUACCUCCAAGCUGCGACGCCCACCAACCUUCUGGCUCGGAACAUGAUGUAAAUGAUUGGGUCAAGAAGCAAGGAGAAUCUUUCCCCGGGAGGCUCUAUAACAAGCCUGCAGGAGAAACACCCAGACCAGCUGGCCUGCACACCGACGAGCCAGCCUCGCAGAAGUUGGAGAAUGGGGAUCGCGAUUCGCCCGGUCUACCCACGUUUUUCCAAGACGAGAUGGCCAUGAGAGAGUAUCAACGGAGCUCAAUCAGUUCCAAGUCGGAAUGUCCGAUCGACAGCCGAAUCCCAGACAACUCGGACCUGGCAAGGUCCAGUCAUGACCCUGUCGCUCAUGCAGUGCUACUACCACCACUCCCCUGUGGUCUGCCUGAACUUCGCCCGGGCCUGGAUCGCAUGUCUUCUCCCGUUCGGAAGAAUCCGCUAGUUCCCGAGUCAACGACUGGGCAAUCGUCAACCAGACCUUCCGUUUGGGAUGAAUCCUCCCUCGCCUCCUCCCUCGCCUCCUCCUCGCUACCUCGCACCAGCAUCUACGGAAGCACGCCGUCGAUUGCGUCGUCUAGAGCCAGACACCAGUGCGAAGAGUGCGACAGGGUGUUCAAGCUCGGCAAAGAUCUCAAGCGCCACAUCCAGAGCGCCCACGUCGACAACCCAGAGUCGUACAUGUGCAGGUGCAGCUACCACACCACUAGGAAGGAUGUGAUCAAGCGGCACAUCGGUUCUAGCGCCAAGGGGUGCGCGUCCGCUAGGCCGGAUGCCGUCGAUGUUUGCAUCUGCAAGCGCUUCAAGACGCCUAAUGUACUUUGCUUUCUGGAGCAUAUCAAGGACUGCAAUAAGAAGCCCAGAGGUAGACCGAAGAAGAAGAAAGAAAUUUAA